AGUUCGUGCCCAAUUGAUAUCCCUUUUACUUGCACCAACUCCACGCCAAUUGAAAACUCGUGCUGCUUUGAAAGUCCAGGAGGUGUCUUUGUCGCUACUCAGUUUUGGGACUAUUACCCUGCCAUUGGAGACAACGAUUCGUGGACUUUGCACGGCUUGUGGCCCGAUAACUGCGAUGGGUCUUGGGAAGAGUUCUGUGACGACUCGCUCAAUGUCGACUCCAGGAUCAAGCCUAUCUUAGUUGACCAGUUCAAAGAUCCCGAAUUGUAUGAAAAGAUGGCCAGAAGCUGGAAAAACUUCAAUGGCGACGACGAAAGCUUGUGGACUCAUGAGUUCAACAAACAUGGAACUUGUGUCAGAACCAUUCGCCCAAAAUGUUACUACAACUUCAAGCAACACCAGAAUAUCUACGACUACUACAAGAUUGCCGUUUCGACCUACGAAAAAUUACCAACUUACGAUUUUUUUGCUCAAGAAGGGAUUGUUCCGUCAGACACGGAAACUUAUUCCAAGAAGCAGAUUGACGAUGCUCUUACCAAACACUUUGGAUAUCCAGUCUAUUUCAAGUGCAACAAGUUUAACGCUCUCCAGGAAGUCUGGUACUUCCACCAUUUGAAAGGCUCGAUCAAAGGCGAAGAGUUUAGUAGAAUUUCUCGUUUGAAUGAGCCCAGAUGCCCCGAAUCGGGCAUCAAGCUUUAUCCAAAGGGCUGGAAACCUCCUACUGUUCCACAUCCUCCCAACCCUCCAACUGGUGGCGACAGAGGGUUCAUCAAGUUGCCCAACCAUCCAGGAUGUCUUAUAUCCAAUGGCCAUUGGUACCAAUAUGGUACUUGUGCUACUUACCAGUUAGUCAAAUCAACUUUUGGAGGUAUCAACUUAAAAACAUCAAAGGGCUUCUGUGGAUUCGAUAGCUUGGGCCAGUUUGCUUGCGGACCUAACUAUUCUCCUUCCAAGUUCCAGUUCCAGUUUAAUAAGGAUACCAAAGAGAUUGGCUAUGGUGGCAAAUACGACUGGUGCUACAACCCAGAAGGUAAGCAUGGCACCGGGAAAUUCCAGCAGAUUCCUGUGAAGUUAAAGGAUUCUUCU